AUGGAAAUUGUAUUAACCAGACCCGUGACUUUCUCUUGCGCACAAAAUGGAGUCCCAAAAAACAGCUCGACAGGCCAGGAGAAUGAAGCAGAUCAACCGUCCAGUGAAUUGCCCAUCCUUGGCGAGGAAGACAAAUCACAGGAAAGUUCUGACCAAGUCACAUUUCCCUCCCCUUCGCAGCAGGAAGCAGGAACAAGACACACCCUGGCGACCGAGCCGUUUCAACCCAUCUUGAAGGUUCUAGCAGACCUCGAGAGCGACGAUCCCAAGUUCGGCUUUCCAGCAGCUCGACUUGUCGGACUCUAUCGUCGCCUAUGGGAGACGUGCGUGUCCAAACAUCGAUGGCCAGAAACUAGAGCAGGACAGCUUUGUUUUGAAGGAAGCUGGUGCACACCUGAGAAAAAAGAGAGAUGGGUUUCAGGCUCGCCACGACAAGCAGCUAUCCCGGCUGCGCUUUUUUGA